AUGAAUGAAAAUAAUAAAGAAACUUUUAUUACAACAUUACCAAAUGAUAAUCAAGUCAAAUCAUUUAGCUUAAAUGAUGAUGAUGAUAAUAUGAAUAUUGAUGUUAAAUCAUCAAAUGAUUCAGAUGAUGGAUCAAUAACAAAUAAUGAAAUUUCAAAUAAACAAGAACAUCAAAAUGCAUCACUAAUUUCAAUAGCAAAUGUUGAAAGUAUAAAUGAUACUGAACAUAACAUACUCAUUGAUGAACCAUCAUUAUCAAUAAUUGAUGAUCAAACACAAAUAACUAUUCCAAAAGCAGUUUAUGAUUAUGCUGCAGUAGUUCGACAGACAUUGGAAACUCCUCGUCAAACUAAAUUAGCUCAUGAUGUUGCAACUGUACUCGGUUCGAAUGAUCCACCACCAGGCUUUGGUUUUCUACAUCCUCAAUAUUACUAUCUUGAACAAACUCGUCCUACUCCAUUAGAACCUCUUCCAAUAUUUUCAAAAAAUUUUUUUUUUCAUCUUAGUUGUAGAUCAGGUUAUUUUGUUUGGCGAGGUUAUAACGGACACGUUUAUUUUUCACCAAUUCAAGUACGUCAAUUUGAAAAUCAACGAUUUAUUUUACCGACAAAUUCACUAAAAUCGACCGAAAUUCUAAGUGUUCCAUCGAUAAGAAAAAUAGAAAUCGAACAACGAAAUACAAUUUUAUCAGACUCUAAGAAUAGAAAAACUAUUACAAACACAAAUCAUCAUAUCAUAGAACGAAAUUAUAACGGACGUUCGUUAACAAAGAAAAACACACAAGUAGGAACAAAUUCAAAUGUCAAAUCAAUAAUAAGUAGUAACGAAUUAAGAUAUCCCACAACAGUAACAUUUAUUGAUAAAGAAGAUUAUAAACAAGAAUCAAUCGAAAUGUGGCAAUCAGUUGUUACUUGCGCACAUGUUCAAACAAAACCAAUAUCAAAACGAAGUCGACAUGCUAUGGAAGAUUUACAAGCUUUACAACAAGAACAAUCAUUACAAGAUCCAACAGGUUAUAAUCGACAAGUUUUACCAAAUAUUCGACCUGUAGCAAAAUCAAAAUUUGUCUAUAAAGGUUUAGCAUAUAAAGAAAGUCAAAAAUUACCAGGCAUUGGAAAUGGAAAUGGUAAUGAUAAUGAUGGUAAUGCAUUACAAAAGCCAUUAGUUUCUUAUAAUCUUGCUCAAGCUUAUGCUCGAUAUGAAAUAAAUGCUGCACGUGCAAAACAAGGCAUUCGACAACCACCUCCAACUGCAGCAACUGCUGCUGUUUUAAAAGAUCAACAUUCACCAUUACAAACAUCACUUGAUUUACGUGAAAUGAGAAAACGUAUUGUAAGAGGUACAACUCUUGCCUGUCGACCUCCACAACAAUCAGUUGCAUGGACACCAGGUCGAGCUGAUCAUAGAUCAACAUUAGGUUCUGAGACUGCAUAUCGUCGUCCAUCAACAUCAAAAUCGUCUAUUCCACAAAAACAAACAACGGUUAUUGAAAUGCCAAUUUUAACUAAAAAUAUUAGUCAACCACGAAGUUCUUCACGUUUUACGACUGCAUCAGAAAUGAUUGCUGCUGCAUCAUAA